UCUUAGGCCACUGUAGCUGUUGAAGUAAUGUAAUGCAUCUCAACUUUACCCCCACAUUAUUUAUGGCCCCACAAUGCUGACUAUAAGCGUUGUUAUCCCUUUUGUAUUCACCUUCUUAAAAAAGGAAGGCACACAGGCAGAAGAGGACCCCCCGAGAAGAUAGGGCACCUUGAAGCAUUCAAUGCACGGCUUUAUAGUUUCAUCUAAUAUUAGCUGUUGGCUUCUCUGACUCCUCUCAAGUAACAGGCAGAUCUAGCAGCCAAGACGUUGGUCUUGCUUCAGCCCUGCAAACAGAAAGAGUGAGACGAACGGACAGAGAGAGAGAGAGAGAGAGAGAGAGAGAGAGAGAGAGAGAGGAGCGAGAUCGAAGCGAGAUCGAAGCAAGACACUUGUGCGUACGGGGCAGCAGUCAGACAUAGCUCUCUGGUAGUAAUGGGAAGAUGGCUGAGACAGCACCCGACAGCCCUGGGACUCCAAGUGGAAACCCAAAGCCCAGACAUUACCUAAGGGACGUCAUUCUUCAUGGCAAAUUUGACCUCCUGAACUCCCUGACACCCGAGGAGAACACGCGAUGCCGGCACGGCCUCUACUUCCAGGACGGCCAGCGGCGUGUCGACUACAUCCUCACCUACCACAUCAAGAAGCCCAGCAGCUCGCGCUCGCGCCGCACCUCACGCCUCACCGACAACGCCUUCACCCGCAGCCUGCGCCGGGGACGGGCACAGCCACCGCCGCCGCCACCUCCCCCGCCACCAUCUCCUCCGGCCAAAGGAGACCCCGAGGCGGGGGGCACAACCAACCACAGCCUUGAUUACCAUGAGGAUGACAAGCGCUUACGUCGCGAGGAGUUUGAAGGCAACCUGAGGGAGAUGGGACUGGAGCUGGAAAAAGACGAAAAUACAAUAACUCCUGGCGUCGGCUUUGUGAAAAUCCACGCUCCCUGGAACGUGCUUUGCAGAGAGGCAGAAUUCAUGAAGCUGAAGAUGCCCACCAAGAAGGUUUAUGAGGUGAAGCAGAGCAGUAGUGUCAUAGAGAAGAUCAACACGUUCAUCCACAAAGUCUCUGACCCACUCCACCCCAACGUGGAUGAGAACAGGACCCAGAAAAUCAAGCACCUCUCGUAUACCUUCUCCAGAGAGAAGCAACACCUGUUUGACCUGUCUGACAAGGACUCCUUUUUUGAUAGUAAAACUAGAAGUUCAAUAGUAUUUGAAGUCUUAAAACGCGCUAAAUGCACUAAAGCCAAAUAUAGCAUGGGCAUGACCAGUCUGCUGGGGAGCGGGGUUUACAUGGCUGCCUACCCCUUACAUGAUGGAGAUGUAGAUGGAGAAAAUGCUGAACCCAAUGACAGGAAGCUCCUGUAUGAGGAGUGGGCGAGCUACAGUGUCUUCUACAAAUACCAGCCCAUCGGCCUGGUCAGGAAGUACUUUGGUGAGAAGAUUGGCUUGUAUUUUGCCUGGCUGGGAGUUUACACCCAAAUGCUCAUCCCUGCCUCGCUCGUCGGGGUCUUUGUGUUUUUGUACGGAUGUGUUAGCGUGGACGACGACAUUCCCAGCAUGGAGAUCUGUGACGACAGGAAGAAUAUCAUCAUGUGCCCAAUGUGUGACCGGGUCUGCAGCUACUGGAACCUCAGUACGGCCUGCAGCACAGCGCGAGCCAGCCACCUGUUUGACAACCCGGCCACCGUCUUCUUUUCUAUCUUCAUGGCUCUGUGGGCCGCCAUGUUCAUGGAACACUGGAAGAGGAGGCAGAUGCGUCUCAACUACGAGUGGGACCUGACAGGGUUUGAGGAUGAAGAGGAAGCACUAAAGGACCACCCACGAGCUGAGUACGAGUUCAGAGUCAUGCAGAAGUCAACCAAGAGAGAGCAGAAAACACAGAAGAAGCCAUCAGAGAUAGGAGAGGAACCCAGAAACAAAUGGAAGCAAACUGUUCAAACUGCAAUGGCUGGCCUUAAACUGACUGAGAAAGAGAAGCUGACGUGUAAAGACAGAUUUCCAGCCUACAUGACCAAUGUAGUCAUGAUGCUUUUAAUGAUUGGGGUGACCUUUGCUAUUGUGUUUGGAGUCAUCCUGUACAGGAUCUCCACCAAAGCCGCCCUGCACAUGAGCUCCAACCCCACCACACGCUCCAAUGUUCGGCUGACGGUAAAAGCCACCGCCGCCAUCAUUAACCUGGUGGUCAUCCUCAUCCUGGAUGAGGUGUACGGGGCGGUGGCUCGCUGGCUUACUGUACUCGAGGUGCCUAAAACCGACAAGAGCUUUGAGGAGAGACUGAUCUUCAAGACGUUCAUUCUCAAGUUUGUGAACGCAUUUACACCCAUCAUAUACAUCGCCUUCUUCAGAGGCAGACUGGUUGGCCGCCCAGGAAAGUACCUGUACGUUUUUGAGUCGUACCGAAUGGAAGAGUGUGACCAUGGAGGUUGUUUGAUGGAGCUGUGUAUUCAACUCAGUAUCACCAUGCUUGGCAAACAGCUUAUUCAAAACAACCUGUUUGAAAUUGGUGUACCCAAGCUGAAGAAGCUGAUAAGGUACAUUAAGUCCAAGCGGGGCUCAUUUCAGGAAGAGGAGCGUGAGAAGAAGCUGCAGCGCUACGAGACUGACCACUUCCUGGAGCCGUUUGCCGGCCUCACGCCAGAGUACAUGGAGAUGAUCAUUCAGUUUGGGUUUGUGACCCUGUUUGUGGCCUCCUUCCCACUGGCACCACUCUUCGCCCUGCUCAACAACAUCAUUGAGAUCCGACUGGACGCCAAGAAGUUUGUAGGUGAGCUCAGGAGGCCUGUGGCAGCCAGAGCAAAGGACAUCGGGAUCUGGUACAAUCUUCUUAGGGGUGUGGCCAAAGUUGCAGUAAUCGUAAACGCCUUUGUCAUCGCCUUCACCUCUGACUUCAUCCCCCGGCUCGUCUACCUGUAUAUGUACAGCCCAGACGGCUCCAUGCAUGGCUUUGUCAACCACACCCUGUCUCACUUCAAUGUCACCCACUUUCAGAACGGCACUGCUCCCAUGAAUCCCAUGUACCUGGGCUAUCGUGUGGAUAUUUGCAGGUAUAAGGACUAUAGGGAUCCGCCAUGGUCUCAGACACCCUAUGACAUCUCCAAAGAGUUCUGGGCAGUGCUGGCUGCUCGACUGGUCUUUGUCAUAGUCUUCCAGAACGUGGUGAUGCUGAUGAGCGACAUUGUGGACUGGGUAAUCCCAGACAUCCCCAAAGACAUCAGCCUGCAGAUCCACAAGGAGAAGAUUCUGAUGGUUGACCUGUUCAUGAAGGAGGAGCAGGGCAAGCUGCAGGUGCUGGACAGCAUGUUAUCCAACGCAGGGAAAAACAACAGCAACACCAACAACCACAGCCCUGUGGCCCGCUCACGCUCUACACCCCACGCACACACCAACAACUACUAGCGUCCAGCCAUCUGCAUGUGUGUGUGUGUGUGUGUGUGUGUGUGUGUGUGUUUGUUUAUCUGUGAGCAUGUGUGUAAAGGUGUCCUUAUUCUUGCCAUGACAUUCCACAGUGUCCCUUACACACUUGUGGCUAAGGGGGCUGAAGUAAGCCACAGUCUUGACAGUGUGCAUUGCCUUGUUUGCCAAGCCUUUCGGCUACAGACUGCCCUGCCAGCCAGUGAGACCUCGGGGUUGCCCUGGCAGUUCUUUGAACUCGCUCAGCUGCGGCGGACCAUGCAUCGAACCCAGAUAGUGUGUGGUACAGGGUUUGUACAUAUUAUCUUGUUAUACAUUAUAUAUUGUGCAGAACAGAAACGCCAACUUUUUAAACAUACACCGCUUUUCAUCUGCUUUGUUUUUAAACAUUUGCCUGCAGUACUCUUUAAACAGUCAGAUGCAGUUAGCAAUCAUAAACCUCCAAUAAUCAUAUGCUUGUAUAACCUUGUUAUCAACCUCCUUAAAAGUUUCAUAUUUAUUUUAGUAAGGUUUAUGUUCUUCAAAUGGAUAUUUUCUACUGUUCCCAUUCAACACAGUUUAAAGUGAAUGGGCACUGCACAUAUCAAACGAGGAGCCUUACCAACCAGUGUCAAACAUCAACUCUGAUUCAGCGCACUUAGGGUGCAAAGAACAUGGAAAGACUAACGUCCUAAAGGACUGUGAUUGUAAAAGAUCCUUCACAGUUUCAUUCCUUACAAUUGAAUUUUAAUGUUAAAGUUGAAUCUUUUGCAAACAGUAAACUAGGUUGUUGGGUGUGGAAGAGCAGCAGAGUCAGAUUCACCAUCCAUAGCUUAGCACACUGCUAACAGGAAGUAGUACCGUCAUAGUCAGAUUCACCAUCCAUAGCUUAGCGCUGCUAACAGAAAGUAGUACCGUCAGAGUCAGAUUCACCAUCCAUAGUUUAGCGCUGCUUUCAGGAAGUAGUACCGUCACAGUAGUAAGAUGGACUUCUGGCUCUGACCAGCUUUCCAGCUUUUAGGCUACACAAACAUUUCAUCAUUCCAAUUUGCUGUCAGUUGAGAUUUUACUGUUGUUUUCGAAUCUCUCCCUUUCUUCUCAUUUUUGUCUUGCUCUCAAAGGCACUGUCUUUUGGUUUGAGAUUUAAUUGUGCAGACAUCAUUUAACUCUGAGUGAAGAUGCACUGCAAAUGAAAGAUUCCAGUUAUUGCAAAGUUGUUGAUAAAAAAAAAACAUUUAAAUGUCUAAAUACUAAGAAAAAAGUGUGACUACUUUUUGUGCCAAAGAUGUACUUCUCGUAUUUCUUUUCAAGGUAUAUCAUUACAUUAUAUUCACCCUGCAGGAAAAUGGUAUCUUAUUGUACCUUGUACGGAAUUGAUCAAAAAUGUGUACUAAUUUGACUGUGUGUUCGAAGACCUAAUGGCUUUAUGUUCAUUAAGCCCUUACAGUACAUAUCUAGCAUCCUGGAUAUGAGUUAAGCGGUACUGUUGCCACAGCAGCUUCUGUUAGAUUACAAUAUUUCUCAUUGAGAGACUAAGUACAGUGCAUUUUCUUUUCCUUGAUUGUUGUUGUUCCUUCUGUGUUUUGUUAGUUUAUUUAUACGAUGUAUAACUCACUGGAGCGAGACAAGUCAUUUUGAGAUAAAACCCUUCUAUUUCUCUGAGGUUGUCUGAGAUGAGAUGAGACAGAGAUGGAGCGGUCUCAGCAGUCCAGAGGAAUAAGAGAAAGCCCCUAAAUGGUGAACUGAUGCUGCUGCCCUAUCACCAACACUUUUUGUACCGUCACUUUUGUAGUGCAGGAUUUAGAGCAUUUUGUGUGAUACUUGUACAGUAACAUUGAUCUGUGGGACUUAAAUGUCAACCAGGACAUUGUGUCAGGUAUUGAAUCAUGUGUUGCUGUGUUUCUGUGUAACUAUGUAUAUAAAAUCUUAUGUUUACAUUUACCUCUGUCUACUGGAUACAUCAGACAAAUAGUUUUUCCUAUUACAAUGUCUUUUUUUGCUUGCCUUACCAGACUAGGAAUAUUAGGGCUCUUUUAUAAAUAGUAAUUACUGAAUAUCAAGUCAUAGCAGCAUAUUUUAUCUGUAUAGAGGCUAUACUGUCAUUCUAUAGGAAUAUUACAUUGUCAUUCUAUAGAUCCAUUUCUGAUGGAAUUAAGAAUAAAAUGUUGUACGAGA